AUGGAAGCACUGGCGGUGACAUCUGUGUCGAACGCAGUGCUGAGCAACUUGUGCCGUGGGCUGCGGCCUCCUCAGCGCGAGGUGUACGUUGCGAGUGAACCGCGGAGAAGCUCCAAGUUCUUGACCCAGCUGAACGGGCAGUCCGAGUUGGGUGCCAAAGCGUCCCUCCACAGGGCGAACAAGAGUAUUGAGGCCUCGCGGGCCUUCAAGCACAACCAGACGGUGGCGAGAGAGGUGGAUGUGCUCAUCAUACGGAUCACGGGCGAGGAAGCUGCGCUCCUUCACAUGCCCAUCAGCUCCACUGUGAAGGAUCUUCAAGACCGCCUUGCCGCCGUUGAGAGUGUGCCCGUUCAACAUCAAGUACUCCUUUUCGAGAACAAGGAGCUUUCUGCUCAAACUCCCGUCAAGAGCUUGCGAAGGGACAGGGAAAGCGUGGUGUUCUGUACCCUUUACUACAAGUCGGAAGAAUUGGUGCACCGGAUCGAGGCAGCGAUGUUGAAGAUCGCGCAGUGCUCGCAGCUGGACUUGGACAUGCCAUCGCUGCUGGGUGGGCAACUGGCAGAUCCAGCAAUAUGCCUGAUCUACGGCACCAGCAUGUUCGACACUACGGUGGCGCGGCCUGGAGGAGGAGAGCGACGCCAGGGCGGCCGGCGGGUGGCGAUUUCUGUCAGGAAGAAUGAGACAGUAAAGGCUUUAGGUGACAUUGGUGCAACUCUGCCCAUCGAGAUCCCUGUCAGCCCUCCUCGAGUCUUGAGCCCACCGAUACCUACUCCAACGUCUCCGCGGAAGCAGUCACUUCAGUUGACGAUGAUGGACAUUCUUCGCACUACGACUGAGCUCGUCCGCGGCCAUGCCUGGGGAGUGCCAAGAACAGGCCAGUACUCGGUGCAGGUGGACACCCCUUGGCAGAUGCAGGUGGUGUGUGAGAUCUUGGAGUUGAGCACAAGCUUGCUCAAAAAGCCUCUCGUGCCACAGGCCAAUCUCAGUACGUCGCUUCGUCUUCUACAGGAGCUGGAGGAGGCUGGGCUGCCGGCCAGUUACCAAGUUGAGUUCAUUGAGCAGCGCCGGCGAUCUGCUGCCUUCUUAGGAUCCAUUCCGACCACGCCGGGGACUCCCGAGACGAAGCCUGGGUCUCGCCACAGCGACCGGGAGCGGGAGUUGCCCUUCGGAAGACGGGACACCUCGUCCGAGAGCCGGAGACGCGACAACGCGAUGGAUGGUCCCACCUUCACGCGCCGAGAAACCUCCCGAGAGCGCGAUGACGCUCUUUCUUGGCGGCGAGAGAAUGCCAUGCAGGACUCCGUGUCUCCACCGCCCGUGAGGGAGGCCGACUACCAACGUGGUCUCCAUGCUGUCAGCGCCUUUGUCAAAGCCAUGCAGGACUUCUACCAGGAGUUUAUGCCAUUGCGGGCAUAUGCCGUGGGAAACAUGUCCUUCUGCCUCCAGGCCGAGAAAGCCUACAGAGAAUCCACCAAGGUUCUUCGCGUGGCUCAAGAUCUGGAGAACAUGUGCGCCCUACCACCGAACUGCACAACCGUGGACUCUGUCCUGCAGGCGGCCAACCUCGCCUGCAAUCAACUACAGGCCAUGGCUGAGCAGGGUAUCCCGAUCGUCUAUCCACACGUUGAGUACGUUCGUUGUGCGAUUGAUAGCGCUGGGCUCGCCUUUCUCAACAGCCCUCCAGCUGCAGAGCCUGCGCAGCGGCUGCGGUGGGCCGAGGGGAUCAUGUCUGUCCAGCUCGCGUCACUUCCAAGCUUCGACCAGACGUUGAAGCGCAUUGCGAGGUCCAUUGACGAAGAGCAGCUUGCGGAACUGGCAGCUAACCCAGAGCCGCCGGAGGAGCGCCGCGGGAUCAGAUUCGGUACACGGUCGCAGGGUACUUUCUGGAUGCUUUUGUUAGAUCGUGCAGUGCUGUACGGCCAGCUCCCACUUGAGUCUCGCAUUUGCCACUUCCAAACCCUCUGCAUCUGCUCCUCGCAGAACAUGCAGCGCGGUGCUUUGGGCACCGGCAUCGAGCGGCUUUUCGACGUCGCCUGA